AUGAACAGGCUGCUAACAGACGAACAGGCUGCUAACAUGUUGCUAACAGAUGAACGGGCUGCGAACAUGUUGCUAACAGAUGAACGGGCUGCUAACAUGUUGCUAACAGAUGAGCAAGCUGCUAACAUGUUGCUAACAGAUGAGCAAGCUGCUAACAUGUUGCUAACAGAUGAGCAAGCUGCUAACAUGUUGCUAACAGAUGAGCAAGCUGCUAACAUUAACAGGCUAAACGUCUCCUUGAAAAACUACGACAUUCAGUGGAAAGUGAUUUUGCUAUGGAGGAUGAUGAACUUCCGUCAGAGGAUGGGAUGGGUGGGCGUGGCUCUCUACCUGCUGCUCAGCAUCAUGGCGGUGUACUACGUCUUUGAGGUGCACACACUCAGUUUGGAGCGUGUGCAGGGAGGCGGGGCCAGUCUGUCAGCUCCACCCUCUGUUUUCACCUGGUCUCACCUGCUGUCACUUCCUGUCUGGAUGUGGGUGUCGGUCUUCCUGCUGCCUUACCUCCAGCUCUUCCUCUUCCUGUUCUCGUGCACGAGAGCCGACCCCCGUGCUGUCGGUUACUGCGUACUUCCUGUCUGCAUCGCCUUGCUGUGUAGUCGCCGCCACACCACCCAGAGACCGACAAAUCACAGGGCAGGGUCAGUGAUUGACACAUAGCGAGGACCAAUCUGCGAGGCCGCAGUGGCUCUGGACUGUCAGCAUUGCACGUGAUGUCAUUUCCUGUGUGCCUUUUGAACAGUAACAUUCCCAUUGGACGUUAACCCUCCACCCUGUCUUGACAGGAGUGGUGGUCAGUGUUGCCCUCAGUGACGACUGACAGGACCUCUGAAACUCAAUUGUUCUCUUGUUUUGUUGUGACAUCACAGACAGUCCUGGAGUGUGUUGAAUAUGGUGACCGCAGCACAUCCAGUAACCACACCUACUUUAACCAGUUACCUAAAACAUGGUUACUGUUGCCAUGGUUACCGCAGGUUAAUAUUUAGAACAGAGGUUGUCUGUGGUAUGUUUCUAUUGUAACAUGAGUCACAUCACACACGCUGGUUACCAUGACAAGUCUAAACACAAAUUAAAAGUCUUUAUAAACGUUGAAA